AUGGGUGAGAAACCCUAUCAAUGUAAUGAGUGUGGGAAGGCCUUUAGUGAUCAGUCAUUCUUCAGCCAACACCGGAGGGUCCAUAGUGGGGAGAAACCUUAUGGAUGCAAUGAAUGUGGAAAGGCCUUUAGCUGGGCCUCAUCCCUUAAUCUCCACCAGAGAACUCAUACAGGUGAGAACCCCUAUAAGUGCCCCGACUGUAGGAAACCCUUCUGGUACAGGUCCUCCCUCAUCGAGCACCGGAAAACCCACACAGGAGAGAAACCCUACAAAUGCAGCAACUGUGAGAAGACUUUCAGCUACAGCUCCUCCCUCAGCCUCCAUCAGAAAACUCACACUGGGGAGAGCCCCUAUACGUGUAAGGAGUGUGGGGACGUCUUCAGGUACUGCUCCUCCCUGACCAAGCACCAGCGGACCCACAGCAUCAAGACACCCUAUGAGUGUAAGGAAUGUCUAAAAGCCUUUAGUUGUGAUUCAUCCCUUAAAGUACAUCAGAGGAUCCAUACCAGGGAGAAAUCCUACACCGACAGUGAGGGUGAGGAAGAACUUUGUGGCAACUAA